AUGGUAGCCUUAUUUCCCGUAGUCUGCGCCGCUCCGCUGAGCAAAGAGGUCAUGGAUCGGUUCAUUGAGCGAAAUGGCGACGUUAAAGAAGACGACCGGAGUCUUGUCUUUGUGGACAGCAUUGACGAAUACUACAAUGAGCCAUCACAGGCACCAAUCGAGAAUGACAGCAACCCAAAUUCUCCCUUCAUCGGAAAGACGCCCCAAGAAUGUCACCAACUGCUCUUGAAGCUUGUCGAAAAUACCGAGUCGGAAAUCAUGCCCAGCUACUUUGCCAUCCUGGACGAGAGGUCCACACGAGACGACACGGUCCUGCUCGUGUGUGCAGAGAGGGACCUCGACGAUGAAAUCUUGGGCUGGCCGACUGUCCGUGCGACCUUCCAGGCUUCGGCUGUCGCGCUGAUGCUUUAUCAUUCGGGACACAGCAGUGUAGCGGAGGAUGUGGAACGGGCUGAAGAUGAGCCCGAUCAUGUCUAUCGUGGGCAGUAG